AACUGUCAGUUCUUGCUUGACAAGAGUCGGUGACAAGUCUCGUCAGUUGGUCCUGUUCAAGAUUUCAACAAUUUCAAUGGCAAUUUCAACAUUCGUCCUCCUGCUCGCUAUCGGAUCAGGCUCCGCCCAGAGCUACCAAGGUUGCUACACGUACACGGGAAGUGAGGACACGCUCACCGCCGACCAGGCGUCUCCGGACAUGACCAACACAGACUGUGUCCAACACUGUGCGGCCCAGGGCAAGACUUACUCGGCGACAGGCGAAGGCAAGUUCUGUAGCUGUUUGACGGCAGCGGACCUGCAAAUCCUCAGCCAAGUGCCUAACUCACGGUGUGACGUCAGCUGCACAGGAGAUCUGAAAUCAAAAUGUGGAGGUAACGAACAGACAGUCACCGUGUGGAGCACCAGACAAGCAGCAAAACGUACGCUGACGACCUCCGCCCAGAGCUACCAAGGUUGCUACACGUACACGGGAAGUGAGGACACGCUCACCGCCGACCAGGCGUCUCCGGACAUGACCAACACAGACUGUGUCCAACACUGUGCUGCCCAGGGCAAGACUUACUCAGCGACAGGCGAAGGCAAGUUCUGUAGCUGUUUGACGGCAGCGGACCUGCAAAACCUCAGCCUAGUGUCCGACUCACAGUGUGACGUCAGCUGCACGGGGGAUCUGAAAUCAAAAUGUGGAGGUAACGAAGAGACAGUCACCGUGUGGAGCACCGGACAAGUAAAGCGUAGCUUGACGUUGAAGAGGAUAGUGGCAGCCUUACUGGACAACGCGAAGAGGAUGGGUACCAACGUGGACAACUGACGCCAGAUAGAUGGAGUAAUAUGGAAGAGGCAAAGGUUGUGCGUGUAGCAUUUUAAAACUUGCCUUAAGAUUUAAACAGGAAAGCUCUUUCUUUGACUUCCAUUUCUAUAAUGUUAACAUUUCGUCGUCUCAUUAAUCGAAGUUGUGCUUUGAUGAAGGUUAAACAUCCAGGCUCAUGAUACAAAAAUGUAUAUAUUGUAUAUUAAAUACAAUUCAAUCUCUAGGGUACAAUUACAACUGCAAAACAUUUUGCAUGUAAUCGUUAUGUGACUUGUUCAACCGGGUCAGAUGUACUGCAAUUGGUUUGAUUGAUUGAUAUUCAAAUACAUACUGUGACAUGUACACGGAUAAUAAAGAUGUUGUAGUAAAGAUACAUAA